UUGUGGUUGCCUGUCUCGUUAAAGGCACAUUGAUUCAUUUUAUUGUUAUUCUCCGCGAUUAAGCUAAGUUUCUUAGUGUAAUGUAUCAGUUUAGACUGUAAAAUGGCUACUUUGGUGCUGGACAACGGCGCUUACACUGCGAAAAUAGGAUACAGCCACGAGAAAGUAAGUGUCAUCCCAAAUUGCCAGUUCCGCUCCAAGACGUCCAGAUUGAAGACUUUCACUGCAAGUCAGCUGGAUGAAAUCAAAGAUCCUUCUGGUCUCUUCUAUAUCCUUCCCUUUCAGAAGGGAUAUUUGGUCAACUGGGAUGUCCAGAGAAAAGUGUGGGAUCAUCUCUUUGGAAAGGAGAUGUUCAAAGUGGAGUUUGCUGACACAAGCAUCAUCAUCACAGAGCCUUACUUUAAUUUCACCUCUAUUCAGGAAUCGAUGAACGAGAUCUUGUUUGAGGAGUACCAGUUCCAGUCGGCACUCAGGAUUAACGCUGGCUCUCUCAGCGCACAUCACUACUUCAACAGAAAGCCAUCAGCGCUCUGCUGCUUGGUGGUCGACACUGGUUUCUCGUUCACCCACAUCGCCCCCUACUGCCGCAGCAAGAAAAUGAGUGAUGGCAUCUACAGGAUCAAUGUCGGCGGGAAGCUGCUGACCAAUCACCUGAAGGAGAUUAUUUCAUAUCGCCAGUUACAUGUGAUGGAUGAAACCCAUGUGAUCAACCAGGUGAAGGAGGAUGUUUGCUACGUCUCCCAGCAGUUUUACAAAGACAUGGAGAUCGCACAGCUAAAAGGAGAAGACAACACAGUGAUGAGGGAUUAUGUUCUUCCAGAUUUCAGCUCCAUCAAGAAAGGCUUCUGUAAGCCACGUGAGGAGAUGGUCUUUACAGGAAAGUACAAGACAGGAGAGCAGAUUCUGAGGUUGGCCAACGAGCGCUUUGCCGUCCCUGAAAUGCUCUUCCACCCAUCAGACAUUGGUAUUCAGGAGAUGGGCAUCCCUGAGGCAAUUGUUCACUCCAUUCAGUCGAUGCCAGAAGAGAUGCAGCCCCACUUCUACCAGAAUAUUGUUGUGACUGGAGGAAACACUUUGUUCCCCGGCUUCAGAGAGCGGCUUGAGGCAGAACUGCGGUCCCUCGUCCCAGCACACCUCCCGCUGUCAGUCCUACUACCUGCAAAUCCGAUCUGUUUCUCGUGGGAAGGAGGGAAGCUGUUGUCCAACAAUCCGGACUACGAUGAGAUGGUAGUGACACGGGAGGAUUAUGAGGAAAACGGACAUUAUAUUUGUGAAGAAAAGUUUGAUAUUUGACUGGCUGAUACUCUUGAGCCUAAAAUUUUCCUGGAUUUCAUGAACAUGUAAAAUAUGUGUCUGAAUGAAUGAAUGAGAAGAUGUGGCACCAGCACAUGCUCCCACACCUGACCAGACUGAAAAUCCGAGCGAACCUGCCAGGUGACUGUAUAGCUUAAUUCUAAUAUAUUUUUAUUAAGAAACAAAAUGUUUUUCCUUAUGGAUUAAGGUUAUUUUUUUUUAAGUCAACCUAAUACUCAUCUUUUCAAACCUGUAGCCACAUUUGUUCUGUUAGCCUUGCUAUCAGUUGUUUGCGUGGAGGCAGCGUUGCUCUGCACGGAUUUUGUAUGCUGUUGUGCUUUAGUUUAUUUUUAUUUUUUGUUUGUUACAUGUGUCUGUAUUCUAGCUAAUGGGCUGAAAUGUGUUUUUAUUUUUAAGUAUGACAUAUGGCGUAUGAUGUUGGUUUUAGUUUGCUAUAUUCACUACGACUGACAACGAAACACAUUUUGUGUAAUCAUUUGUAUGUAGGAACAGUUUGCCUUGAAAACUCUCAAUUAUAUAUUAACUUAUGAGUUAAUAAACAUUACUUGUAAUAGUAAUGUGUAUUAACUUCUGAGUUAAUUGUGAUGUUUGUGACAGUUCUCACAUUAGCCACCGGGUGUUGUGUUACGCUGGUGUACAAAAGAGGCUUGCUGGAAGUGCUGAAGUUAAUAGAACUGCUAGGCUAAGCACUGAGCACGUCGUUCCCAAAGAGGUUAUAAAUGAGAACCUCUUUUGUUGUUCCGCAGUUCAUACAUGUCCAAAAAUGUUAAUAAAACUAGUUAACGAAACCAAAGCUGGGUAGUUCAUGACAUGGUGUCAGAAGUGGCCUGUGAGAGGAACCAGUUUGAGGCAGUGAAAUGGCAAUGUUUCAUGCACCACAGUCAUUUGACGUCAUCCAGUCAUCGACCUGGCCCAUCUGAAGACAACGUUCUCGCUGCGAAGCUUGAUGGGAAAUUCAAGUCAACACACUGCUGUAUGCCAUGAGUAAGGAGGCAGAGCCUGUAUUCAGCACGUUCACUUUUCCGGAGGACGUUGAGGACUAUUAUGGAAAAGUUAUCAAGCAGUUUGAUGAACAGUUUGUGCCGAAGUGGAACAUUAUUCACAAGCGCAUUUUUCCACAGAUGCUCACAAUGGCAGGGGGAGGUGAUCAAGACACUUGUGAGAUAUUUGUAUGAACUGGCGGAAUGUUGUGACUUUGGAGCUGCAAAAGAUGAACAGAUAAGGUAUCAGAUUGUCAUUGGAAUUGCAGACAUCAAAGUAUUUCAGAAACUGCAAUUAGAACCAGACGUAACUUUGGAAAAGCCAUCAAUAUUGAUCACCAAUCUGAGGCAUUUUAUUGUGGCCAGCCUAAGGCACACCUGUGCAGUAAUCAUGUUAUCUAAUCAACAUCUUGAUAUGCUCAGAAUUGUGUGGUGGGAUGGAUUAUCUUGGCAAAGGAGAACUGCUCACUAACACAGAUUUAGACAGAUUUGUGAGCAAUAUUUUAGAGAAAUAGGCAUUUUGUGUAUGUAGAAAAUGUUUUAGAUCAGUGUACAAACCGACCAGGGAGUAGUUACCCACCGGAACCGGAGACACCCUCCCAAGUAGAAUAGUAAAUCUUCCUUGCCAGAUGAUGAUAAUAAUAAUACAAGAAGAAAAUGGAGUGUAACACUGUAAGGAAUGUGUAUUUUUUAUGGUAUUGAGUUAUUGGUAUGUUCUGAGAGGUAGUCAUAC